CGAAUCGCGACAUGGCUGCAAAUUUUCCACCAGUGUCGCCUGUUUUGAAACCUAUCCAGCACUAUCUCAAGACGGCGCAGGAGCAUGACUCCCGAGAUCCGAUCGUCGCUUACUGGUGUCGCUUGUACGCUCUGCAAUUGGGUCUCAAAGUGCCCAGCCAGGGCAUAGACGAUCGGAAACUACUGGUGUCGAUUAUGGACUGGCUGGAGACGUCCAAAGCACAGAUGACCGACAAUGAGUCCAUCACAAACGAUGUAGCAGCACAGGCAUACUUGGAGAACUACGCCCUGAAGCUGUUCCUGUACGCGGACAAGCAGGAUCGUGCGAGCAACUUUGGAAAGAACGUCGUCAAAGCGUUCUACACAUCGGGUAUGAUUUACGAUGUUUGCCAGAUAUUCGGCGAGCUAACCGAGGAGGUAACACAAAACCGCAAGUAUGCCAAGUGGAAGGCAUCCUACAUUCACAACUGUCUGAAAAACGGCGAAACGCCCGUUGCGGGUCCUUUGGCUACGGACGAGGACAAGGAGUUCGAUCACGAACUCAUUCCGGGUGUCCCUAAUCAGGAACCCCAGCCCGGGCCAAGCAAUGCUCCAUCACCAGCGAUUGGUUUUCAGCCACAGGCGCCCGUAUCGCCGCAACCGCCUCCAGCCGGUCCCACUAAUUUUACCACCUCGGAUCCAUUCAGCAACGUGAAAGCUCCAACACCACCCAGCGAACCGGAGAAACCACCAGGAGGUUUCCAACCGUACAAGGGCGGACAGGCGAGCGAAAUCGUAACGGUCGAACCGAACCGACUUGUGAAUCCCGCUGGUAUUCAGCUACGUCCCGAACAAGUUACUAAGGCGCAGAAGUACUGCCGAUGGGCAGAAAGCGCUCUGAAUUACGAGGAUUUGAAAACCUCCAUCGAUAAUCUCCAGAAGGCACUUCGUCUGCUCGAAACUGGGCAUGACGGCUAGCUGCUCAGCGACACCCGCAAGUGCCUAAUGCUUUUGUUUUAUCUUUACCUAGCUGCUUAUUGUAUGGCCAGAAAUAUGUAAUGUAACUAAUACAAAUAAAAUUGCUUACCUGC